CUCUCCAUGGCGUUGUUUUCCAUUGUUUCUUUCUCCCCCCCCAAUGGUCCAAUUGCUAGUAACAAAGCUACACUAUUUCACAAUUCUAACCUUGUUGGUCCUGCUUUGUUGCCUAUGAUUCCUAGAUGUUCCGUCGCUCGAGAUCACAGGAUCGUUUCUACACCCUUUGAACACUUUGAUUAUCGAAGUGGACACCCCACCAUUACCGAUGAAUUUCGCAUUGAACACGCGAACAAGUUAGAGGCGUUCAAGCGUGUAUUCAAAGAAGUGGGAGAAGAUCCAUCACAAGGUCUGGCCAUGAUUGAUGCAAUCCAGCGCCUAGGCAUCGACCACCAUUUUCAGUAUGAGAUUGAUGAAGUUCUGCAAAAGCAGUACAUGCUGUCUUGCACUAAUGGCGUUCAUGACUAUGAUCUUCAUGAGGUUGCCCUUCGCUUUCGACUACUCAGACAAGAAGGUUACUUUGUUCCAGCAGGAGUGUUUGACAGGUUCAAGGACAAGGAGGGCAGCUUCAGAAAUGAACUACGUAGGGACAUCAAAGGAUUGAUGGAACUGUAUGAAGCUUCACAACUAGCCGUAGAGGGAGAAGAUAUUCUUGAUGGAGCCAGAGAAUUCAGUUCCCAGGCCCUGAAAACAUGGCAAAGUGGAGAACUGGACCAGUUCUCUGGUAGAGUUAUAAAAACUACGCUGGACCAACCUUAUCAUAAAAGCCUAUCAAGAUUCACAGCCAGAAACUUGCUAACUAAUUUCCAAGGCACAAACGAAUGGAUAAAUGUCCUCCAAGAACUUGCUAAAAUGGAUUUCAAUAUAGUCCAAUCUUUACAUCAGACAGAAGUAGUUCGCAUUUCUAAUUGGUGGAAGGGCCUAGGUUUAACUAAGGAGUUGGAGCUUGCAAGAGACCAACCACUGAAAUGGUACAUUUGGUCCAUGGCUUCCCUGACUGAUCCAAGCUUGUCAGAGCAACGGAUUGAUCUGACAAAACCCAUUUCCUUAAUAUACAUCAUCGAUGAUAUUUUCGAUAUUUAUGGGACACUCGAUGAACUCACUCUCUUCACGCAAGCUGUCGAUAGAUGGGAUUACGCUGCUACUGAUCGACUGCCAGAUUACAUGAAAAUUUGCUUCAAAGCUCUCGACGAUAUCACUGAUGAAAUUAGCCACAAGGUGUACAAGAAGCACGGGUGGAACCCUGUCAACUCCUUAAGGAAGGCGUGGGCCACUUUGUGCAGAGCAUUCUUGGUCGAAGCACGAUGGUUUGCGUCGGGGAAGUUGCCAAAGGCGAAGGAGUACUUGGAGAAUGGCAUCACUAGCUCAGGAGUACAUAUAAUCCUGGUUCACAGCUUCUUCCUCCUUGGCCAAGGCUUAAAUAAUAAAAACGUGGAACUUAUUGACAACAAUCCUGGCAUGAUAUCAUCCACUGCAACAAUCCUUCGACUCUGGGAUGACUUGGGAAGUGCCAAGGAUGAGAAGCAGGAUGGGAAUGAUGGAUCCUAUGUUGAGUGCUACAUGGAGGAGCACCAAGGCGUUGAGUAUGAAAGUGCUCGGAAACAUGUUACCAAUAUGAUUUCAAACGCUUGGAAGCGCCUCAACCACGAAUGCCUCUCUGAAAAUCCAUUUUCGUUGCCUUUCGCCAGGGCUUCUCUAAACAUUGCGAGAAUGGUCCCUCUGAUGUACAGUUACGAUGAAAACCAAUGCCUUCCGAGCCUGGAGGAGUACAUGAAGUCCCUGCUCUAUGAAAGUGUACCCAUGAAAAACACCUCUGCCUAACAACUCUAUCAUGUCACAUAUACAUAUACCAAUAUUUCGUGUGGAUGAAGAUUACUUUCAAGUUGGGAAAUUUGAUGCAAAAAUUAUCUGUAACUACCAAAAAGCUAAAACUUUUUAAAGGUUUAGCUAUAUGUUACCAAUUCAAGUUGUAAACGUUGUUUGUGGAAGGUGUUGAGCAGGAGGACUGAUUUGCAGGAUAUGGCGCGAAGGGGUAUUCAAACUGGGUAAAGUGACUAGGCUUGAGCUUGUCACGUGAUCGUUUUAGUUUUAAGCUGAGGCGUGCUACUCACGUGUUUGUCUAGCCUUUUUUUCUAUUUUCUAUAUUUCAGCAGAGUUUAUUUUUUCUUAUUUUCUUCUGCCUUGUUCUUUGUGAAAGCUCCAAAGUACUGGUUUGUUGAGCAUAAGGAUCUGUGAUAUGCUG